CUCCUUCCCCGCAGAACAGAAAGUGAAAAUAACUCUGUCUGAUUCUGGAGGGUGAGGUCUCUGCAGACGUCUCAUCGCACAGCACAGAGCUCACCGACCGCAGUCCCCGGGGUCACCACACCCGCUCCUCAGACAGGGAUAACUAAUGGAUUGCCUACUGUCUGAUCUCCGGCUGGAGGAGUACAAAGAGACCAAGCUCAGUUUGGAACAUGUGAUGUGUAUCACGAAGGAGAAUGAGGAUGAAUCUUCAGCUCAAGCUUCACUACCAUGGAACUUUCUCCGAAAACUUAUUGCAUUGGAUGAAACUGCACGAAAUACCAUGACAGAGGACCUUGAAGAUGCCAACUUAACCGGCUUCAGCACAGAAGACGACUUGUUUGGAAUCGCUGAGAUGUCACCUAGACUGUCCUCAAAUGCUGUCCAUCCCCUGGAUGUUCUAUGCGCUCUUUUAUAUUGUUCUGAUAGCUUUCUACAACAAUUCAUCUUCUCAAAAAUGUCCAUGUGCCAAUUUGCAGUUCCUCUUGUGCUUCCUGCUGGUGAGAACAAGCCGUAUACUUUUUUGCUGUGGCCCAUGAGAAACAUUAUAAAGAAGUGGAGCCCAAUAUCAUUACUAAGCUCUAAAGGUUUUAGAGAAGAGAACCUGGUGAACAUUUCUAUGCCAACCUUCUCGUUUGUCAGAUUAGGCAAUUGUAGUCUAUCAAAGUCCAAAAUCCUCAACACCGUUCUCAGUCCAUCCUACACUCAUCAUGACUUUUUCGUUCACCAGGAUAUUGAAUGUGGUUAUCGCCCUAGAACAAUCUCAGAAGGACUUCUGGAACUCUUCUGGUACUUUCCCAGUGGGAGUCAGUGCUCUGUUUUCCAUGAACCCAUGGCUGUCAUGAAUCUACGUGGAGAUCUAGAAUCCAGUCAAAAGCAGUUCAGCUUGUUGACCAAGGUUUCUUCUGCUGUUUUUAUUUUCUCUGAAAGUCUACAAGAAAAACACUUGAGAAUGCUGGAGAGUUUUGUGUCCGACAAUCAAAAUCUCUAUUUCAUUAUCUCUCUACCCAAUGACAAACAGCCAAAAGAGGAGACAAAAAUACUAGUGGACAAGUUAAUAACUGCACUAAACUUAAACAUGAAACACAUCUUGCUGAAAGAUUCCAGAAAGAACGAAGCCGAAAUUGUAAAAGAGAUACAAAACCUUAUAAGAGGUUUGACCAAGGCAUCUCCUAAAUCCAUGACCUUAGAGGAAACUGGACUCAUGGCUCAAGAUCUAGAAAUCUUUGUAGACGAGAAUGUGGGAGAAUGCCAGAGAGCCAAAAAAGUAGCAAAGAGAAUUGUCAGUGAAAUCACAGACGUACCACAGUAUAAAAAACAAACCAUGAUCCUGCAGGGGGACCUGUGGAAAAAGAUUACUAAAAAUGAGAAAGAACUUUGUAGGAUGAGGAAACUGAGUGAUCUUAAUGUAGAGACUUACAGAUCUGAGCUAAAGGGAAAAAUUAUGGAACUGCGUAGACAGCAAUGGGAGCAAGAACUUCAGGGUGACCUGAAGAGCUUUCUGUCUGCACUCACAGACCUGCCUCAUGCUGAGAAACGUUAUUUCUUGAAGUGGAUGGCCAUAUUUCUUGAUGAUAUUGCUCGAUCAAACCUAAAAGAGUUACAGACUGAGUAUUUGAAAAAUUCCACCAGCAUGCCGUUACUAAAACAAAUAGAUCAGAGAAUGUCCGAUAGCUCGCUUGGAUUAGAACAUUUUUUACGUGAAGUUGGGCAGAUGCAUGAGGCACAUUGUUUUAAAAGAAGUCAUAAAGCUGUAGAACAGAAAUUCAGUGACCUUCCCAAAUUAGCUGCUGAUCUCCUGCUGGAUGGGUUUCCUUUGGAGCUGAUUGAUGGAGAUGCCUCCAACAUACCCUUACAGUGGAUAACUGAUGUCCUGACGGAGCUGGAUAAGAAGACUGGAGGAAAAUGUAGGAUGAGAGUAAUAACUGUGCUGGGGGUGCAGAGUACGGGGAAAUCCACCCUUCUGAACACCAUGUUUGGUCUACAGUUCCCGGUGGCCAGUGGAAGAUGCACACGAGGAGCCUUCAUGACUCUUAUUAAAGUGAAGGAAACCUUCCUGGAAGAACUAGGCUGUGACUUCAUUAUGGUGAUUGACACUGAAGGGUUGAAAGCUCCUGAAUUGGCUUCUCUGGUGGACAGUUAUGAACAUGACAAUGAACUUGCCACACUUGUGGUUGGGUUGAGUGAUAUCACCAUUAUUAAUAUAUCCAUGGAAAACUCAUCAGAAAUGAAGGAUAUUUUACAGAUUGUGGUCCAUGCAUUUCUCCGUAUGAGUAAAAUAGGAAAAAAAACAAAUUGUCAUUUUGUUCAUCAGAAUGUGAGUGAUGUUUCUGCUCAUGCCAUGGGUAUAAGAGACCGAAGGAAGCUCCUGGAGCACCUGAAUCAGAUGACAAAAGCUGCUGCAAAAAUGGAAAAAUUAGAGGGGAUAACGACCUUUAAUGAUAUCAUGGAUUACGAUCUCAAUGAACACACUUGGUAUAUUUCUGGCCUGUGGUAUGGCAUUCCACCCAUGGCUCCCAUAAACACUGGCUACAGUGAGGGGGUCCUUUCACUUAAAAAUUAUUUGCUUGAGUUCUUGAAACGGAAACUACAGAAGCCACAGACCAUCCCAGAUUUUCUUGAGUGGUUGAAAAGCUUAUCAAAUGCAGUUAAACAUGAAAAAUUUAUAUUUAGCUUUCGAAACAGCCUGAUAGCAGAUGCUUAUGACCAGCUGUCCGUAAAAUAUUCAGAACUAGAGUGGAACCUCCGAAAAGAGAUCUAUAACUGGAUGACCGGGGUGUUAAUAUCAAUAAAGAACGAGUCAACAGAAAAUUUGACAAUGGAAGCAUUGAUUGAUAUAAAACAGUCGACAUCAGAAAUACUGAGCAAAGAGGAGAAGAGAAUGUACCAGUUAAUGGAUACGUAUUUUGAUUCUGAACUGGAAAACGCACAUCUUGUAGAAAAAUACAGAGAAGAUUUUAUGAAAAGUAUUAGAAGUCUUAGGAAUGAACUUGAUGAAGAAAUAAUCAACAAGUGCAGAGAAGCCAUUGAUAUCCAGAAGUCAAAGCUCAAGAUAGAAGGUCUGAAGGACAGUUACAUCUCAAAAAUAGAAAACAAAGUGACUUUGCUGCUUAGCUCUUGCAGGUACAGAACACUGACCCUGAACGAUGAGGAGCUUGAAGCAGAAUUUAAUUCCAUAUGGGAUGAUACAAUAAAAGGCCUUCGGGUCAAAUCCAUAGCAAAACAAGACAUUGACCAAAUCAUGCUCCAGCAACUUCGGAAGGAGAUGAGCCACAAGUCAGGUGCCAUCAAUGAGACAUUGCUGAAUAUCAAGACACUUUUGGAAUUUGCAGAUGCAAAUUUUGAAGUAAGAGAUGAACACAUUGAUCUAAAAUGGUACAAGAAAUGUCAAGACAAAUUCUUUCACCAAGUUGCAGGUUUAAAAGAAUUCCAUAAAGAAGAAUACAGUUUUAAGUCAAAGCAGAUAGCAGAGAACCUACUAGAGAAAAGCUUGGCAUAUGUCGACCAACACUUGAAGAUAAAUGAGAAUUACCACGAUACAUUUUGCUUAGAAUUACUUAAAAUGGUCAACGAAAGGCUUCAGCAGAGAGACGUGAAGAACCUGCACACCACAGACCAUUUCGAGAUGGACCUAAAGCUUCUAAUUUUAGGCAAAGCAGCACCAAAAUUUCAAAAAAAGCAUGAUAAUUUUGUAAACCUGAAUGACCCAUACUCAUGCCUGGAAGCCUUAAAAUCUGAAUAUUUGUCCAUUUUCAAAGCUGUAUUCCAGGAAAAAGAUGAAUGCAAAGCCAGGGCGAACCGCUUCUGUGAACUGUGUCUCAAACCGGCCAUAGUGCAGUAUGUGAACCAUCAUCUCGGACAGGAGAUAGUCAGUGACAUAAUGAAGGGGGCUGACAACAUGAAAUACAUGAGCCGCACUUUCUUUCAGCUGCGGGUGCUCUGUAAGCUUCUUGAAGACCAUUCGUUUGAGCAAUAUGUCAAGUACAUCAAUAACUAUGAGCGUUUUGUCAAGGAGUGUAUAUUAGAGUUCAUUAAAGAGAAAUAUGAAGACCACAAUGGUUUGCAGCCAUUGCGAUCAAAUAUAAUUGUGGCCAUUUUUCAGAAAUUAAGAGUAAUUCUUCAAAACCCCCAAGUCCAGGAAAGUGCAGAUGUCUCAGGUUUCUUACGAAAUGUCUGUAAGAUGCUGCACAAGGAUUUGGUCAUAUCACAGGAGGAUCUCAAGGUGAUCACUUUUCAGAAUUCAGUUCCUGUCGCUCAGUUUGCUGCCGAUGUUCAGGCUUUCCUCUCUGACCUUGAGGAGGAUAUUCUGUCAGAAAUGAGACUGACAACCAUCGAGUCCGUUCUAGCUGUAGUAAUCCUUAAGCCAGAAGAAGAAUUGUUUAAGAAAGUAAUUGGAUGUGGAAAGCAGUGUCCUUUCUGUAAAGUCCCAUGUGAGGCUGGAUGUGUCCAGCACACAGAGCACUUUGCUACCGUCCAUCGUCCUCAGGGUCUGGGCAGAUACAGAAAUGUAGACACUAAAGUGCUGUGUUCCUCACUAUGUUCUACAGAUGUUGUGACCGAGAAAUCCUUCAGGAACUCUGAUACUGAUUGGAAGUUCCAUCCUUAUAAAGAUUAUCAGGAGUAUUACCCAGACUGGAUGAUCAAACCCGACCCCAGCAUCAACACCUCCGACUAUUGGAAAUUCAUAUUUAAAGAGUUCAAUGCUCAGUUUGCAAAGGAAUACAAAGCACAGCCCGCAAGGUUACCCAAAGACUGGUCUGACAUAAGCAAGGGUCAAGCUUUAGAAAGCCUGAAGGAUUCAUUCCAUGUAAAAUAAGUUCAGUCAGAAGACAUCUGUGUUGGUCUCCUGUUCAUAUGUGCCCGCAUUGCUGAGAAAAAUAAAGUUUUAAUAUAUGCAAUUGAGCCUCUAGGAGCAACGGGCCCAGCUCUUAGUAAUGGCAAUGCCCUCAUUGCUCCUAGAGGCUCAUUUGCAUAUAUGAAAACAUUUUUCUCAGUAAUGCGCGCACAUAUGAACGUGGGACCAACACAGACGCCUUCAGCUGCUGAGUGCACAGGUCACAGGUCAGCCGGGGUCAGAGGGACAAACCUGCUGACAAUUAACUAAAACUGUAACUACCAUCAUGGUCAUGGCUGAUUGUGAGAAGAUGCUGGGAGUUUCAGUUUUGUAAGAAGAUGGGGAAUCAUUAAUCAGAAAGGAGGAUGUAUGAUCUAUCGAGCAGCUCCACACACUUCUAUCUCCUACAAAUAAAAUUAA